AUGGACCCCUUCGACUACUUUGCUCCCUUUGCCGCCAACUAUCCCCGCCCAGUCGUCAAUGCCAAAGUAAAGCGCCGCCCUCUCGGUGACAUUCCGGGCCCUUCCCGACCAUGGCCCUUGCCGGGCUCGUCGUCUUCCUCUAGCCUUCCAUUCGUCCCUUACAACCAUGCCUCCAUGCCCCAGUCACACACAUCCCCCGAUUCCGGAAUAUCCCUCAGCGAGGCAUCCCAAGAGGUGCCCUCCGUCCCAAAACAGAAGCCGAGGACGGCUUCCAAACCACAUUCCAGUGCGAGCAAACCCGUCAACACCGCUUCAGCCAGCAAAGAGUCACACAAGCGCCGUGUAGCUAUCGCAUCUCCUACUUCUGUUGUCUUGGAGGACACUCCGCAUAAAAGACAGAGAACGACAAAGACGAAGCGGAAUCGACCCGCUGAGGAAAUGGCGGCGGUCGAUGAAACGAGUGUGGUGACGGUGGGGCGGCUUUCUGGCAACGCAGUGUCGUCCCAGGACGAUGCCGGCACAAGUCCUUCAACCGCCAUCAAUAUUUCAGGUAGCGUUGCCAGUCCUCGCAGGCUUGCAAACCCUCCCGCACCUCCCAAUCCCUCCCAAUCCACACCGAUAUCGCAAUGGUCCAACCAUUAUGACCUCGGAAUCAUGGGGUCAGACCUGUUGGGUGGGAUCCUUCCCUCCAGAUUGAACCAACCUUCUUCAGUUCACGAUCUUCAAAAAUCAAUAGCCGAUGUCGAAACGUCCUUUCAAUCUCAGCUCUCGGCGCUAGACGAUCAAUGGCAGUCGCGUCUGGGAAAGCUUGAGUCUGAAUGGGCUGGAAAGCUUGUCCUUGCUCAGCUGGAGGUGGAGCGAGAGAAGGUCAAGGCAAGGGAGGCUGCGGGGGAAAUGAAGGAAAAACUGGGAAGGCUGGAAGGGGCAGUGGCAGUGUUGAUGAAGCAGAGUCAAGAACAGCAACGGCAUAGUCAAGAGCAACAGCGGCAUUAUCAAGAGCUGCAAAGACAGCACGAGUCACAACACUCGGGCGUUACGGCGAUGAUCAGAUCAGUUGGUAUGAAUGCGGCAUGGACUACGCGGGUCGAAGAACAAUCCGCAAUGGUGGGGAAUCUGGAACAGACCUUGUCUGUCGAUUGGACAAGGGAAGAUGCCAUGUUGGAUCUUGCUGAUCUACCAGUCGAACCGGCGAGAGAUGAAGAGAAGGAGGUGGUUGCGCAUUCCAUGGCAGCUGGUCUAGUUCAGAUCGACCAGGGGCAUCCCUCUGCAUCUUUCCUAAAACAUCUCACCCAACCAACCCACGUCCCGGCCAUCUCCCCUCGCGAAAUCGACCCCAAUCAACCCCCAUACGCCCAAGAUCUUUCGCAACCCAUGACUGGCGCCCAUCUGUCCACGUUCGGUCGCUAUAGUCACGACGGUCUUGAACAAAUCGAUGACUCGGAUCAAGAUGGCGAAUAUGAGAUCGAGCCCGCCGAGUCAUUGUUCGAAGAAUCCCCUCCACCACGGCCACCCCCGCGAAACCCUUUUCCUCCGAGAUCACUCAAUCACAAGGCUGCACCCCAUGCAAUGAGCUCCUUGGACUCGUUAUUCGACGAGUCACCUGGAAAGCACAACAGACCACAGUCAAAGGUCAAAACCAAGACAAGUCCGGUCAAGAAGCCGAAGGAGAAGGAUAGGGUGCGAGGGACAUGGGACAAUUCUCGGGAUAUGAGUGCAGUCUCUCGGGUGGCCUCGCGGACCGACUUUGAACCAGCUGGUACCAUCACAACGCUCAACAAUACUCCAUCAGAUACUACUCUUCCUGGAAGCCACGAAAGCCGUUUAUUCUUUUCCGGGGAAGAAUUCGACGAGAGCCAUGGCCUGCAAGACUCUUUCGACGAUGCUUCUUCCUAUGACUCUGCAUACUCGCCGGGCGGUAAAAAGAAAAAGACGUCCAAACUUCCAAAAACCAGUAUCAAGAAAGAGGUCAAAUUCAAGGCAGACGUGUUGUCUGAGCCGCCCGAGCUGCCUCCGGGAGUUACUCUACCGGCCAGCGAUGGCUCGAAGAGGUCAAAGGGAAAGUGGCCGAACAAGAAGCCGUUCAGCAUUGUCGGUACGAUGCAAGAGAUUGUUUGCGAUUGGUGUCAUGGACGCUGCCACUGGGCUUGCGCCGGUCUUUCCGAACACGUCGACAUGUCUAAACGCGAUUGGUUCUGUGCAGACUGCAAACAUUUGCAAAAGGUCAAAGGUGUGACCAGAAAAGAAUAUGUAGAUAGGUCUCAGGAAGAACGUUGUAUCAGGUUCAACUGUAUUCUUCUGGACGAUAUCCCGGAAGAGGCGUACCAAGAAGAAGUGUUUGUCGUUCAACGCCUCAUUGGCAGACGGACUGUCCGCAAAUUCUCUGCCUUUUCCCACGCAAACUCCUCUGUCGAGACCGAAUGGCUCGUCUUUUGGGACGGCUACGAGUUGAAUGAUUGUUCGUGGGAAGUGCGAGACAACCUGGCUCCGCACGACAAGAAGCUUAUAGCGGACUUUGACGCGGUGGCUGGCCAAGAGAUUGGGGUAGAAGCGAAUGAGAAGAGCAGUCUGGUGUUGCUAGAAGAGGCCAAGACUGUAUGGAGCACGGAGACGGGGGAUGCGAUAGAAGAAAUGUAG